GCUGGUUUCCUCUUUCUGCCGCAAAGUGGGCGAUAAACAAACGAGAGAAAAGCCGAUCAGCUGAUCAUUGAUCAGUUUCCUGAUUGAAGUGGCAACAGGAGAGCGAGGGGGGGAGAGAAUGAGAGAAGAAGAGGCAGCUGUGCAGCGUAAAGACAAAGAAUAACUCCAGCUUUGUGUCUUUUUUUCAUUCUAGCUGAAGAACGGGACAAAUCGCGUUCCUUUCCACCUCAAUACCAUUUUCUUCUGUUUGUCUGUGAUAAGAUUGCUUUCAGAGCCGUUGCCCAUGCAAGGGGGGGGGGUGCAUCUGACCUCCUCGGCUGUAACUGGUCCAGCCCAGAGUCAGUCAUAACACAUUGGCCAAUUCACUACCUUUCAUUGUUUAUACUGUUACAAAAAAAAAAAAAAAAACGGGCAAAUGCCCAGUGGGCCCAUGGUGAAUCACAGGGAGGCCAGUCCAGCUGUGCCUCCCUGUGAUUGGUGACUGCAGUCACUUGUAGCUUGCAUGGAAGACAUUGACUUGUCUGCAAGCACUCACCAUUUACUCUCCAGGCUGCAGUGGAAUUUGCAGCUGCCAUCAGCCUCCUGUAACCACUCACUCAUACACCUUUUACCCCUCAGCCAUAAAAGGCUGAUGGGCGACGGGGACACCCAAGUUUGUGAAUCCGAUAACUCAAGAACAUGGCAAUGUAGGACUUUCAAAUUGAUACCAUAUGUCUAUCUACUAAAAAUGUCAGACGAGUUCGAAUCUUAGUGACAUUGGCCUCAAGGUCAGGGGUCAGAGGUCACUUUUUCUGAAAAUCUUGAGAAUUCGAUAACUUGAGAUGGAAGUCACCUAGGAUUGUGAAAUUCACAUCUACUAGCAGGCUGAGGGGUACCACUGGCUGCUGCCAGUACGUUUUUCCUUUACCAUUUGGUGGUUGCCAGCUGGGUCACUUAUCGGUCUGUAGCCCUGGGUGACUGAGGGCUUGAGCAGCUUGUUUCAUGCUCAUGAACUUCAGUGAGUGUCAUAAAACUGUUUUCAGUUACAUUUCAAAAAAAUUGUUGGCAGUGACCAGAGAAAACAAAGAGAAGGUUCUGUCUUAAUCUAUGUUGUCCAUAAUAUUCUGUAACACUGAGAAGGCUUUAGAGUCUGUUCUGUCCAAGGGAACCCACGGCAGAUUUAUGGGCACUGAUGCAACAAUGUUUAUGGCAAAGUCUGACUCCAAAACCACCUGGUGGAGAUUCUGACCUCCACCAAUGACCACGAAUAUUAUUUCUUCACCGUUCAUCAUGUCACCACGAAAAAGAACCCUCGUCCCGGUAAGCAGCCGGCGGAAAGCAGCGGACGACUACUUCCCCUUCAACUUGCUGCCGGUGGAGUGCCAGCUGCACGUCCUGUCCUUUCUGAACGAGGUGGAUAAGUGUAGCUGCGCCCUGGUUUGCGCGAGCUGGAGCUGCCUCGUCCGCUCGUGGAAGCUGUGGCGGGUGGCCGACUACUCCCGUCGGGUCGGCUUCCACCUCGGUCAGGAGGGGCUGCUCGUUUCCAACCGGGAGUUCGAGAGGUGGAAAUCCUGGGUCCAGCACUACACCUACCACCUCAUCUCCCGCCGGGCCAGCCUGCUCACGCUGAGGGCCAGCUUCGACCUGGGGGAUCGCUGCAACAAGUGGGGCGAGCUGCUGAGCCACCUACUGGACAAUGUCCACUGCAGAGACCUCAGCCACCUCGACCUUAACUGGACUUUUACUCUUCUAGAGCCGCUUGACCUCAGGGUCCACUCCAGCCCCAGUUCACACCAGGAUAACGUUACCAAAAUGGACAAGGUGACCCGCUUUCAGGAGCUGCUGAGCAAGCUGACCCAGAACUGCCCACGCAUCUCCAAGAUGCGCCUACAUUUUGACUGGUCCGAUUUGUCCGUGUCGCUGCUCACGCAGUUCCAGCAGCUCCGAGUCCUCGAGCUCAAAUAUUUCUGGGUCUUUAAAUGCGUGACUCCGUCAACGCUGCAGAUGCUCAUCAAAUCCCUGCCUAACCUCAAGUCUCUGACGUUAAAUAUCUUGGUGCCACUGAGGAACCUCGGCAUCUCCUACACCCUGGAGUCUCAGUCUCUGGAGUUUUUGGACGUGUCUCCGAGCCGAGGCUUGGUCUUCUCCUGCCUUAAGCUGCCAGCCCUGCGUGAACUCCGAGCCAAGAAGAUUGUCCUGCGUGUCACGCUGGACCGCAGGACCAGGACCCGCAUCCAGAGCCGCUGGCCCUGCCUCUACCACGUCCUCCGGGAGGGGACGCCGAAGCUUCAGGCUCUAAACAACGAGAGGCUCCUCCCUACAUGGAGAGAGAAAAGUUACGGAGAGCUGACUGCUAUCCUGGAACAGUCCUGCUACUGUGUUCAGCAUCUAGACAGCUGGCUGUGGUAGUCAAACGCAUGACAGUACAUGAAGUUCUUACAUUUAUUAGUUGGUAAAAUCUAUAAAGGAGCUAAAUAUUGCUUUUACGUCGCAUUUUUAUCAUUAUUAUUAUUAUUGUUAUCGUUUAAAAGAACUGAAGACUCAGAAGAACAAACUUGUUGCUCACAGAAGCGGAUAUAAGCUGAGAUUUGAUACCAAGUAGUUUCCAACUCUUUAACAGAAAGCUGCUGUUCCAGUUUAAACGCUGUCCAAAUCCUGACAAGGCAAUCACCCACAACACAGUUUUCUUAAGUUUGUCCAGUUUUCUCAAAGCAUAAUGUUAAUUCUGUGAUUGAAGAUCUGCUGAAAACAUUUGUAACGCGCACAAGUGGAUGUGCAUACAUUGUAGCUACAACUACACCCUGAGAUGUGUGCAAUGAGGCCCAAUACCAGAAGACGGCGUGUAGUGGCGACAAUUAGAGACUAAAGGCAAAAUGUUUUAGAUGUAUUUAAAAUUUUUAUUCUUAAGAAAUAGAAAUCAAUAGGAAAAAAAAGCUGUCAGCACUAAAUUCAAAGAAAUGAAGGUAAGAAAAUUUUGACUCUGGUAAAAUUAUUAACUUUUGACUGGGAAAGACACUUUCUCCAUUAUAAAAAUAUUUUAGCUCUAUUCUAUGAAAAUUAAAAUUGCAAAUAUUACUCUAAAACUAUUCUCUCACUCCUCAAAUAAAUACAGAAUAGGUUUGGUUUUAAUCCCAGAAAUAUUGUGGCUCUUCUUAAAAUAUCAAAAUGUAAUUUUACAGCUAAAAAAACUGCAGUUUUUAUUUGUAUUGUGUAAAUAUUAUCCCUUUUUUUAAAGAGCGUGUACAUUAUUUUGCCUUUAUUCUCAGCAUCAGAUUACCGGCAUAUUUCCUCCACUGUAGAAAGCAGAUGGUUACUGUACUGUAUUUUGUACUUGGUCGUUCCUUGAAUUCGGUUGUAUUUAUUAGAGUCGAUUACUAACUCAAGCUGAAGAGACAUCGAGUCUUUUGCUAGAGAAUUGCACAGAUGAACACAUGUGAUCAGUGUAUGAAUGCAGUAAAUGGGUAAGUGGUGUGUGGAAGACGUGGUGCAGGACCAAAAAUGCCAACGUGAAGCUCUUCUUCCUAAAAAGCAGCUGAAGACCAUCAGCUGGUUCGGUGUGACUGCUCUGACUCGGCUGCUGAGUGCUUUCGUUAAGCUGGUGUAAUUCCGAUCACAGGCUGCUGGGAAUGCAGAAACAGAGUUCGUUCCAGUGCUGGGCCACAUUAUUUUAAUCUCGAGUGCCCCUCUGUGAGCUGGUUUAUUGUUGAUGUGCAUCAUGUAAAUGUGUUUGUCUGAAGAGGAAGCUAAUGAGUUUCAGCAAACUUUAACCUGCCCGUCUUUAGAAUUAGUCCGCUUCUGAUGUCUGGAAACUUUUUGCACAUUUCCUUUGCUGUCACAAAAGGCUGAUUAUUUCAAGUCAAAUUCCAGCUGUUUUUUUGUUUUGUUUUGUUCUUUUAAUUUUCAGCUUUAUUUGUCUGCUUGUGACAGCAGAGACAGUCGAGUUAAUGCACUUGCAGUUACCCUUCUUAUCAGCAGAGGUCGUUAUUAUCAAAGAUUUGCCCCUGAAGGUUUAAACCUGCACUGGUGUAACUGGUGGUUUACCUGAUGUGCUCCUGAGUUGUUGUUGUUUUUUUGUUUUUUGUCUUUUUUAAUGGCUAAAAGAAAAUGCUCCUGGACAAUGUAAAAUUACCAAGAUUUUGCCUUGAUUACCUGUAACACUGAUUUAGAUCCAAGUUGCAGUUAUAAUCCGAAUACUUUUCAAUGGGACAAACACAGAGUAAAAGUAAGAAAAGUUUUUGUAGCUGCUUAUGAGACUGAAGCAGAUGAUUUUUACAUUUUUCCUUCUACAUAACUCUUUAAGACCAUCAGCAGCUCUUACCCUGUGGUUAUCAGAGUAUGUGAUUUUUGUUACAGUUUAGUCGUUGUAAGUUGUAACACGCAUAUAAAGUGCCUUUUUCUCUCUCCAGAUACUACAGAAUUACAGUUAGGCCUAACCCCAGCUGUGUGAUGGAUUGGGCCUUCAGAGCGUUUAUGAGUGCAAAAGUCUCGGUAAUUUAAUAAAAGCUUGUUUUUCGAAAUCGGAUAUUUUUGAGAGAAUGUGUGUGUAUAUACGCGAGAGUGUUUGUAGUGAGAGAUCUGGUUGACAUUUCACAGAUUUCUUCCAAAAGAAUUGUGCUCUGUAUUGAUACGUGAAAAUUCCUGUUGCUGCCUAGCUUGCACGCAUCAAUCCAAAUUAAAUGCGUUAUGAAACUGA